GAUGAAACAAACAAAAGAAGAAAGUGUUAAAUUGUAUUUAGACUUCUAUGAUAAAUAUACUUGGCCUCUAGAGAUUGCUGAAACUUUACUAGAAGUCAGAUAAUAUCUUACAGAAUCCACAAUAUUGUCCCUCUUUCAAAAUUUCUACUUUUCACAUAAAGGUUAGCGAAUCAAUGAAUACAGUGAAUUCUCUAUACCAGAUGGAGGAAAGUUGCAAGUUUUAUUAGGUAUAGGAAUCAAUAAUCAUAUAGAUGAAUUUAAUGAAAGAACAGCUAGAUUCCAUUUAAGAAGAGUGUAAGAAAUGAUUACCAAUCUAUCACAUUAUCAAUAUCUUUGCAAAGGCAAAAAUUAAAAUGAAGAUUCAUUAUCACUAAAAGAAAUAGGUGAUUUGUAAUUAAAUGAUAUCCUUUAACCAGCUAUUAAAUCAAAUUUACUCUUAAUUGAUGAAAAUAAGGCUAUUAAAUAGAACGUGUAGUAAUUGGGAUUGUCAUCUUUCAAUCCACCUCCUCUUUCAAGAAAAUUAAAGGGUAAUGGAGAAAACAAUAAUUAGGUGAUCUCUUUUAUAUUGUCCUUAAAACCAUUGAAUCAGUUGAACUUAUUAUAACAGCCUCGAAUUUAGGGUUUUAUGUCAAUAGUUCUUAAGGACGAACUUUUGAGCCAACCCAAAAAAGUGAUUGCUAUUACAAUCUUAUAGAUUUGAUUGUGGAUCAUAGUCCAUCAUUUAAGUAAAAUGAUGCAUUUACAUAAAUUUAGAAAGGAAUUAAUUAAUGCUAUUCCAGAGUAAUAAUAACCUGCAUUACCAGCUACAAUUAAAUAUAAUCAUAAAUGGUUAUCAGUACCAGAAAAUCCUUUGACUUUAGAUCAUUAAAGAAGUGAGAGUUGGGCUUUAGAUUUACAUGGAUUUGAUGUCUCAAGUUUAAGAGAUUGGAAUGAAGAAUUAUAAGUAUUUAGAUCAUUGCCAAAAAUUGAUUUAAUUUAAAAAUUGAAUAGAGAUAAAGCAUUAUCAAAGGUUUAUGGAGAUUUUGUAGAGGCUGCAGUUAGAGGAGCAUGUGCUGUUGUUGAUAAAAUUAUUUAACCUUUGAAUCCAAUGGAUAUAGAAUGUUAAUAAGUUUACGUUUAUAAUCAGAUAUUCUUUAGUUUUGCAAUGGAAACACCAGAAGAUUUUAGAGUAUUUAAAUGUAUUAUAAAUUAAAGUAAGAAAGUGGUCCUGAUGCUACACCAACAGUUUCAACAACAAAUUGUGAUUUUAGAAAUUUAUAGAUUUUACACAAAUUAGAUAUUCCUGGAUUAAGUGUUUUGAAUACUUGUUUAGUUGAUUAUAAAGGAAGAAGAGUUAUUGCAUAAUCUAUUAUACCAGGAAUUCUAAAUAGUGAUCAUAGUAAUUGUACAUAAUAUGGUUCAAUUGAUGAUGGAAAGACUAUUUAAAAAUCUGAAGAAUUUCAUAAGGUAAUGUCAAAAACAUGUGAAUUCUUUCAUCUUGAUACUGAUAUUGUAUUUCUUGAUAGCAAUCAAUAAAAGUAUUCUAUGGCUGGAAGCAUAGAAGUAAAAGGUAUUAUGGGAUCAGAUAAAAGAAUGUAUUUGCUUGAUCUUUUAAGAUUAUCUCCUAGAGAUUAUAAUUAUUAAGGAGAAAAUAAUUAAUGUUGUGUUUUAAGAUAUGAAUUACUUUAAAAUUAUUGGGUUGUUAACACUAUUUAAAAAAUAAAAUAAAAUAAUAGUGAUGAUCCAAAAACAUAAUAAGAAGCAUAUUAAAACAUAUAAAAUUUAUUAAUUGGAAAUCCAAAGGAAGGAUUAAAAUUAAAUCCAGCAUUAGGCACUAAGACAAUAUUAUAAUAAUCAGAAAAAUUAACAUAAUAAGAAGAGGAUUUAAAAAAGUUAUCUUAAUUCUUGUUAAAUUAAGCUAUUCCUUAAUUAAUUUAAGAAUUAUCUUAACCAGAAACAACAAGACAUUCUGAUCUUAGUAUUUCAGAUAUUUUUCAUUCUCAUGGUGUAAAUAUGAGAUAUCUUGGAAAAGUAAUUAGUUUUAUUCGUUCAGAAGAAUAACCAUCAUUAAGACUUACUUUGGAAAGAAUAGUUUUUGCUAAGACAUUGAAACACAUCUUUAGAGAAUCAAUGAGAAAAGCACCACAAAAUCAAUUAUCUUAAGUUUUGUGUCAUCUUUUAAAUAUAAUAUUCUCUAAUUAAAAUACUUCAUUUAAUAAUACUAAAUAAGAAGAGAAAAAGAAAAAGAAGAAAAAUAAAAAUAAAAGUACUUAAAAUGGUGAUAAACCUCACUUUAAAUGUUUAAUUUAAGUUAAUAAUUAUUAAUAUCCCUCAUAUUAAGAAGUUUGGGAUUAAAUCAAUUAGAUUGCAUAAGCUAGAUAUUAACAUAAAAUAGAUUCAUCUAUAUUAAAUAAGAAAGGAUUCCAUAAAUUAUCCUGUUUAAGAGAAUUAUGUUAAUAAAUUGGAUUAUAGUUAGUUGCUCGAGACUAUCAUGAUUUCUAACCUUCAGAUAUAGUAGGAAUCCAACCUAUAAUCAAAUUUAUUGAAUAAGUUUCAGAAGAUGCUAAAAAUAAUAUAGAAAUUGGUCAAAAAUAUAUGCUUGAACAUUAAAAUCUUCAUUAAGCUUUAGAAUCUUAUCUUACUGCAUCUCAAAUAAUUCUAAAUUUACAUGGUUAGAUGCAUAAAGAAUUAGCAAAUUGUUAUUCCAAGAUUUCAGCUGUCUAUUUGAGAAGAUAAGAAUAUGAUGCAGCCAUACAUUUUUAAAAGCAAGCUAUUUAAAUUUAUACUACAAUUUAUGGUUAUGAUCAUCCUUUAACAAUCUAAGCCAUUACAGCACUUUCUUUAUAUUAUUUCUCCACUAAAAAUUAUAAAGAAGCAUUCAAUCAUAUGUUACAUACCUUAUAUCUUGCAAAUCUAAUUGGAGGAGAAGGCUAAGAAGUAUUUAAUCAAUAUACAAAUUUAUCAUUACUUUAUUCAGAAAGUGGUUAACAUUAGAGUGCAUUAAAUUGUUUAUUUGAAGGAUUAGAGAAGUGUGAAUCUUUAUUUAAAUCCUUUUAAGGAACAGAAACAUAAUAAUAUAAAUUAAGAGUAUCUGGAUACUAUUCUGCAAUUGCUUUGGAACAUGGUGAAAUUGGUGAUUUCUAAAAAGCAGUAGAAUUCUAAGAAAGAGCUUCUGAAUUAUUAAAAAGAGUAAUAAUUAUUUAUUAUAACUAGACCCUUAAACCAGAAGAUACAAGAGUAAAGGAAGCAGAUGCUUUAUUAACCAAUUUAAAAAAGGCUUUAAAUGAUAAAAGAAAAGACACUCAAUAAUCAAAUUUAGGUAUUUAAAUAUUUAAUUAUUAAUUAGAUAGUAGAAGAUAAUUUGGUACUAAUCGUAAUUAAUAAUAAAAAACUGAAUAGUAAGUAUAAUAAAUACCAGAUGAAACAUAUAUAGAAAGUGAUAAAGUAAUUAAUUAUAAUCUAAAAUUUAAUAGGAAAGAGAAGCUUUAUUAUAAAAAUUAAGAGCAGCCAAAUAAGGCAUGAAAUUCAAGAAUAAGAAUCAAAUGGAUAUAAAUAGAUACAUUCUUGCCUAAUAACUUUAUAGACAAUAAUAGUAAUAAUAAAAAGAAUGAAU